AUGGACGAAGAUGCAAUUAACGGUGAUGAUAAUUUAGAUGGUAAUAAAGAACAGUUAGAAUCAUUCUACAUAAAAACGCAAUUAAGCGAAUAUAUGAUCAGGUUGGAACAAGAUCUUCCUGUUUCUAUUGAAAGCCUUAGCAAGCCAACAUCAGAUGAUGCAAACGCCUGGUUGUUAUAUAUUGAAAAUAUAAGAGAAAAGUAUGAAGAAAUAAGACGAGAAUUCGAAUGGAAACUUGUUGAAGGUUUAAUUGAGCAUACUUAUAUGAUUUUGCAAGAAGCUGGACGAAAGCCUUUUAAAUUUAAAAGUGAACAACUAAAAAAAAAAUGGGUCAAAGAAAAGAUUGUUUUAUCGAUUCCGAAGUAUCUUUCUAAAUCCUCGAAAACACGUUACAACCAGGCGUAUGAUCAUAUUUAUGAUGUGAUUGUAACUUUCGAAAAUAAUAAAAUACCUAAGGACAUCUGGUUACCUAUUUAG